AAAGAGAAAGACAAUAGUUGAACAAAUUAAUUUAUUACAAAAUUGAGAAGCGAGAGAGCUAGCUAUUUUAGGUUGUAUAUAUGUUUUACUUAGCUAGUGAAUGCAGCUAGCAAGUUUAGCCUACUCAAACACCCAGCUCUAACAGAGAGGGAUGCGAUGUUAGCUAGCUUGCUAUGGCAAUCCAACACUGGAACUUCAAGGCUCUGGCUCUUCCUGUCCCAGGCUGGGGCUAGACUACUGCACACAGUGCUGCUGCUCAGGGGGAACCUCUCCAGAGACUGACUGUUGACAGAGGAUGUCUGGAGUUCCACCCAGGAUGUGCCCAGCAUUGAAGACAGACACAGAGAUACUGAGGACAUCAGAGAAUGCCUAUGAGAGACUCAUCCUGCACCACCUACAGCACUAUGGACUCUUUACAAGCACAGAUAAUUAUUUCCAAGGCAACCUCUUAAGACAAAGAUGGAGGGAUUCCCACCACCCUGGCUCCAGCCACCCAGGCACCCACUCCUCUGACAGCAUUAAUUCCAACAUGGAGGAUGAGGAGCAGGAGCCUGGCAGGAGGGCAUUCACCUUGCACCUGGGACAGGCCCUCAGGACCAGGCAGCUUGUGAUAGAUUUUGACGGGGAGCGUCCCAUCCCCCGGCUUAGGGAGCCCCUGGACCUGUUUGCCAUCCCCUCCACCCCUUUCCAGGGGGUCCGCUGGCCCAUUGAGUAUGAGGUCUUCAAGGAAGCCAUACACCACAUAGAGUGGGACCCUCCAGACCCAGAGCCGUUCUACCAGCCCACGGGCCAUGAGAGGGCCCCCAUGCCUGUCGGGGAGGAAAAGGGGAACGUGGUUUACUGCAUUGACCCAGGCACAAAGACCUCCUACUUCACCUACUCUCGUGUGGGAGGAAGCCGGGGGCCCAUCAAGAGCUCCACCUCUUGUGCCAUGCAUCAGGACAAGUCCACCCUGGCCUUUGAGUCACGCUUUGAGAGCGGCAACCUGCAGAAGGCAGUUCAAGUCGGUGUCCAUGACUAUGAGCUCACCCUCCGCACCGACAUGUACACCACCAAGCACACGCAGUGGUUCUACUUCCGGGUCAGAAACAUGAAGGCUGGGGUCACCUAUCGCUUCACCAUAGUCAACCUGAUGAAGGCUAGCAGCCUGUACUGCCUGGGCAUGAGGCCUCUGCUCUACUCUGAAAGAGCCGCCUGGGAGAAGGGAGAGGGCUGGCGCCGAACUGGCUCCAACAUCAGAUACUACCGCAACCAGCACCACCAGGCUGAGCAGGACAACAACACUACCACCAACACAAAGUCCCUACACUCCCUUACAUGGACCGGCCAGUUCCCCUACGACUUUGACACCUGCUAUUUGGCCCACUGCUACCCCUACACCUACUCCCACCUGCAGCGCUACCUCAGCCGCCUCACCUCCAACUCGGCCACCGGCGCCUACUGCAAGCUGCGGGUGCUGUGUCGCAGCCUGGCCGGCAAUGCUGUGCACGUGCUGACAGUGACAUCACCAGGAGGGGGGUGGAUAGAUAGGAGUGCCAAGCGGGCGGUGGUGGUUACAGCCAGGGUGCACCCCGGGGAGACCAACAGCUCCUGGAUGAUGCAGGGCUUCCUGGACUUCCUGCUAGGAGAGUCAGACGACGCCAGGCUGCUGAGGGAGACUUUUGUGUUUAAGGUGGUGCCCAUGCUGAACCCAGACGGGGUGGUUGUGGGGAACUAUCGCUGCUCUCUGGCCGGCAGGGACCUGAACAGGAACUACAAUACCCUGCUGAGGGACUCCUUCCCCUGUGUCUGGCACACCAGGAACAUGGUCAAGAGACUGAUGGCUGAGAGGGACGUGGUGUUGUAUUGUGAUUUCCAUGGUCACAGUCGUAAGAACAACGUCUUCAUGUAUGGCUGUACCAACAGCGAUGACGCCACACAACGGCUCCAUGAGAGAGUCUUCCCGCUCAUGAUGAGCAAGAACGCCAAUGACAAGUUCUCGUUCAGGAGCUGUAAGUUCAGAGUUCAUCAGAGUAAAGAGGGAACAGGACGCGUCGUCAUGUGGAGGCUAGGCAUCAGGAACAGCUACACCAUGGAGUCCACCUUCGGAGGCUCCACUCUGGGGAACAGGAAGGGGACCCAUUUCACCACCAGGGACCUGAAGUCUCUGGGAUACUACUUAUGUGACACACUGCUGGACUACUGUGAUCCCGACCCAACCAAGACCAGUCACUGCCUAGCUGAGUUGCGGGCGAUGUUAAGGCAGGAGCUCAGAGAGAGGCUGGGCCGGGAGGUCGACUCUGAUGGAUCUCUCAGCGUCUCCAUUUCUGACAUUGAGUCCAGUACCAGCGGCUCAAACAGCACAGAGUCUGAUGGCCUGCCUGUCCAUCUACUGAACCGAAUUGAUGAGCAGAGCCAAGUGAAGAAGAAACACCUGAGGAGUGGUAAGGAGAGGAACAGACUGAGACAGGAGAGAUUGAGAAACGUCGACCCAAAGGUCCUCCACAGGAACAUCAAGAACAUAGACCCUGUGCUACCCACUGAGGACAUGGUGAAGGUGAGGAUCCAGGAAAAGACAGUGGCCAUGGUCAGAGAGAAGAAGAAGAGAGAGGUGCCGUUUGUGGUGAAAGUGAGCCGUCAGACAGGACGCUCCUGGAUCCCCCAUCCCACCACUCACAUCGGGGUCAUAGGCCAUGUGACCCUCUGGCAGGAGGAGGAGUCAGAGAAGAAUGAAUACCUGGAUGCUGUAAGGGCCGCAUACCUGCGUACUCAGCCACCUGUCACAGAGGAGCCGGAGGAGGAGCGGCUGCAGUAUUGGAGUCCCCAGCUGCAGUUUGGCUCCUCCCAGGCCCCGCGGCCGGGACCUCAGCGGCGCCCCUUAUCUUUUACAGCUGUACAGCAACGCGGCUUCUCUGUGCCUGUGCCCACCUCGAAGAUCAGGGUUCACACCACCCCCAUUCAGCAGCAACCCAUGCCCUUCAGCCCCGAUCACAGAAGCCACGCUGGGAUGAGAGAGAGGAUGCCUGCUUUACACACCAGUUCUCCCCCAGUAGUUCCGGGCAUGCAGUGCAGGGUGGUCCCUGAGUUCAUCCCGCCACAAGGCCUGGAGCCCUGCCGCUCUUCCAACGUCUACCCAGCCAAGUCCCACCACCUGUGGCCACGCCCAGAGAAACAAGGCCAUGCAGCCCGGGUCUCCAAACGCUACUACAUGCCAGAGGCUCCAACCUCUAACACAGAUGCCCUAAAGCCCCUAUGGAGGAGCCCAGAAAGGGACUGCACAGCAGGUGUAUCAGACACUAUGCCUGUGGGUGAGCAGGACCAGAGUGGACCUCAAGCAGCCUUUGAGAAGCCACCGAGUAAACCUGGGACAGACGGUAACUCCUUCCUGCCAGACCUGAGGCACAUAGACUUCAGAGGGAAAAGCCAUGGCUGUCUAUGGGGAGACCAGGCAGGGGCUGGAGUACAGAGGCAGGGCCCCUCAAAGAGAGAGCCGCUGAGGGGGGGAGAAGGCAGGCAUGUAUGUGGAGGAGAUGCAGCAGCAAGGCGUGUGAAAAGCAACCACAGGUUGGCCCAGCAGACAUUGCAAGAGGAGGAUAAACAGGAAAUGGGCAUUUUACCCCAGAUGUCCUCAACCACCCACACCAAGAUAGAUCAUCUGCCCCGACAGCUAGACAGUCUACGUAGGCUCCAGAAACUCAGCCUGGCCAAUACCUCCAGGUUCCACUCCAGUGGGAGAGGGGCGGAAGCAGGGACAGGGUUGGAUCUGGAGAAGAGGAUGGUCGCCAGACCGUCAGGGUCUGCCCCUCCUCGCAGUACAGCACCUUUGAGCUGAGAACCAGGCAGGGACACACAUUGGCAAAUGUACCAGACAGACUGCUGAUACGAACCCCUGAAGAUGGGCGGAGACUAUAGGAAGUUUCUGCUCUAUUUUGACCACAAGAAGAUGUACAGCUCAUUGCCUUUCAGGUGGAUAUCGAAAUUACAUGUAUUUUUGCCUUGAUUGUGUGACUUUCUUAUUUGAUGAGUCUACGUGUCACUUUAAAUCUAACUGAACUGUUUUGCAUGCUUUUUAUAAUAUUUUGUAUCCAUUUUUCAUAAUGUAAAUUAUUUAUUUUUCAUUUCUCAAAUGGGGGCGUAAUCAGAUUGAGUCACUCCAAAUGCAGAAGUUAUUUCUGUUAAUCAAGAGACAGUUCAUCAUUAAUCACAAAGUAUCAUAUAACAUCAGUCCAAAAAAUACUGUCUCAGUAUUACUGGGCAGCCCGCGUAAUAUUAUCAAUCUGUGUAUGCAUAUCUUCAUCAUUCAGACACAAUGUUACUGUAGCAUAAACCUUGUGAAACAUAGAUGUUUAGCAGACACUUAUCCAGAGCGACUUAAAAUUAGUGCAUUCAUCUUAAGAUAGCUGGGUGAGACAUCCACAUAUCACGUGACAAAAAAAUAUAUACAGUAUAUGUGACUAAAAAGACAAACAUUUAAUCUCUUCACAUCUGUACAAAAAAAAAAUCACUGAAGGUACACAUGGUAUAAAAAUACAUCUGUAAAUUGCUGAACAUGGUCCACUGAUAACAAAACUGAGGGCUGAAUCCUAACUUGAGAUACAUUUUUUUUUUUUUUUUAAUUUUACCUUUAUUUUACUAGGCAAGUCAGUUAAGAACAAAUUCUUAUUUUCAAUGACGGCCUAGGAACAGUGGGUUAACUGCCUGUUCAGGGGCAGAACGACAGAUUUGUACCUUGUCAGCUCGGGGCUUGAACUUGCAACCUUUCGGUUACUAGUCCAACACUCUAACCACUAGGCUACCACCCCAUACAUGUAAGUAGCAUGUAAGUUUCUCCUUAAUCAUAAUCAACAUUAGUAGGAGAUACAGUAUACACGACUCUCUUCCCUGUGUUUCCCAGUGUUCAUCUCUGUUUCUGUGUGUCCGCUCAGCCGAGCAGUCAGGCGGCCCUCAGCUCCUGAAUCCCAUCAAACCAGAGCUGCCAACUCUCGCGCAUUGACCGUGAGACAUGGAUUUGACCCUCGUCUCACGCUCCCACGACACACCUCUUACAUCUCACACAUUGAAAAGUACUGCAUUUAUUUUUCUAAUUCGUGUUGUGCUCCAAAUCGUUUUGAAAUUGGAAAAUCUGCGACCGAGGUAAAGACUUUAUUCACGUUGGAUAUUCGACGGAUAUUCGCCUGUAGUUAUCCUAACGUCCACCAACAGCAGUUAGGGACCAAUAGCUCUUUAACCAUUACUCCUGAAACGUUCAAAACGGAUUCUAGCUAACCUGAUGGCAGAGACACACAUUGCACACAUUAUUUUUUUGUCAAUUUACAUCUCGCACUAUUUUAAAUUAUUUAUAAAACAUCUUGUAAUUCAAUAGCGCCUUGGUCAUGUCACAAACCUUAAAUAAGGUUCAUAAUGUACACUCAGUGGGCCUACACAUUGCACACCUUUUUGUUUGUCCAUAUGCAUCUCAUGAGAUUUUAUGAUACAUUUUUUGAAGUUUCAAAUUUCAAUAUUUCCUUACCGUCAUGACCUACAACCCUUUCAGAAUAUCCACUGAUAAAGACAGUUUCAGGUUGGAUAUUCGCCAGAUAUUCACACUUUCAAACCUCAAUAGCUUUCAAACCACUUGAGCCACAGACUCCAAAUAAGUGUCAUGAUGUUGGAAACAUUGUACAGAUCUUAUUUUCACGAUUUGGACAAUAAUUAACUUUUCAAAGCUAGUAAAUGUGUAAACGUGAGCAGCUUUCCGUAUUAGUUAGGGAGCGUAAACAAAGUACAAUCUUGUCUUACAUUCGAAUUUCAAGAGCUCCUUGGUUCAGAAUGUCCACUCAGUUGGCCUACACAUUGCACACCCUUUAGUUGUCCUGUGUGGCUCAGUCGGUAGAGCAUGGCGCUUGGCGCUUGCAACGCCAAGCGUCGUGGGUUCGAUUCCCGCUGGGGCCACCCAUAUGUAAAAGUAGUGGCCCCAGCCGACUUGUAAGUCGCUUUGGACAAAAGCGUCUGCUAAAUGGGAUAUAUUAUUAGUUUGUCCAUUUUCAUCUCGCACGUUUUUACAUGCAUUUUUCAAACUUUAGAAUUUCAAUAGCUCCUUGGUUAUAUGACCUCAAACAAACUUCAGAAGGUUCACGGACUAGCCUUAUAUAUUGCACACUCUUGUUUGUGUACUGUAAUCUCAUGUCAAUAACACACCUAAGAAGUGUGCAGUGGACAUAUACCCAUAUUGCAUAACUUUUAGUUAUGUAUCUUCUAUAUUGUUGUACAUUAAUAUUAGUUUGACAAUUAGCCCCAGAUUUUUAGCAACAAAAAAAAAAUAUAUAAAUAUUUAUAUAUUUUUGGCCUACCUGUUUUGCAUGUUAUUUUGGCAUUAAUAUGUGUCACAUAUCAGUUUGCAAACAAUUUCAAAAAUAAAUAUAUAUAUAUAUAUAAAAUUCAGUUAAAAACUCUACAGGAUUGGUGUCCCCCCCCACGGGACGGUUGAGCUAACGUAGGCUAAUGUGAUUAGCAUGAGGUUGUAAGUAACAAGAACAUUUCCCAGGACAUAGACAUAUCUGAUAUGGAUAAUUCUUGUUAAACUAACUGCACUGUCCAAUUCACAGUAGCUAUUACAUUGAAAGAAUACCAUGCUAUUGUUUUAGGAGAGUGCACAGUUAUGAAGUUGAAAAUGUAAUAAUAAACCAAUUAGGCACAUUUGGGCAGUCAAUACAACAUUUGAACAGAAAUGCAAUGGCUCAUUGAAACAGUACACUGCUUCCAAAUUGCGCCUAACUUGGAAUAUUACAUUUUGGCCUUGUUCUUGCAUUUAAAGAUGAUGGAACAAAAAAAAAUAAACACAUGUUUUUCUUUGUA